UCCGAAACAUCUGUGCGAUCUCUGAAGAAUAUAACCUGCAUUUCGUUUCAUGUAAGAAAUAUUUACAAAUAUUUACACACAAUGAAGAGAUAGAACAUUAGAAAAUAUAAUAAAAGAAAUUUAGACCAUGCAAAUGUGGAAUUAAUGUUCAUCUAACUGUUCUUGAUAAAAUCAAAUUAUGGCAGAUAUAGCUUUGACGAGCGAGCAAACGAAAUUUUUGGAAGAGUGUGAAGAAGAAUUUGAAAAUCGUUUCACAGAAGAGGACAGUGAAUUUAUAAAGAUGAAAAUGCAAGAGCCAAAGAAACCGCCUAUUGUCGAUCCUUGGUAUAAUAAACCGCGUAGACACGACUGGUCGCGUCAGCAUCAACAACAAAAUCAUGGUAGACGUAAUCAUAAUUGGGAUCGUCGUAAUAAUGAGAGAAAUGAAAAGUGGGAACGUCAUGCUGGUAAACACUUCAUGCAGCAUCGACAGAAGAUGUAUUAAAAUAUAGUGAGACAGAUGCAAGCAUGAGGACUUGAUUGACACAUGAAAAUUGAACCUCUAAUUAUUAUUGUUUCUACAUAUUUUUUUUUAUCGAUGAGUGAUAAAGCAUUUUUAUUUCUU